GUGCCGUUGGGCUGUUCCAUCAUAUAUGUGGAUCCUCGAUGUCAGUGCUCUCUGGCCUUUUAUAUACGACGCUUCGUCCCUUCAAAGCUAACUACUACUCCUCUCUCAGAUUCGCCUCUCCAGCUCUCGCUGGAUGUCCCUUACAUCUUAAUUCGUCUUCUCCUCCCUCCGCAAGGUCAGUUUUUGCCUUUCGUGCAGCCACCACGAGCUCGGCAAUGGGAGACGCCGCCGAUGUUGGUAUGGACGCUGUCCAACGACGCCUCAUGUUCGAGGACGAAUGCAUUCUAUUGGACGAAAGUGACCGUGUGGUUGGGCAUGAUACCAAAUACAAUUGUCACUUGUGGGAAAAUAUCUUAGCUGGAAAUGCACUGCAUAGGGCUUUCAGUGUAUUUUUGUUCAACUCAAAAUAUGAGCUUCUUCUGCAGCAACGAUCUGCAACAAAGGUUACAUUCCCUCUUGUGUGGACGAACACUUGCUGUAGCCAUCCUUUAUACCGUGAAUCCGAGCUCAUUGAUGAGGAUGCUCUAGGGGUGAGAAAUGCUGCACAAAGGAAGCUUCUGGAUGAGCUUGGUAUCCCUGCUGAAGAUGUGCCGCUUGACCAGUUCACCCCGCUAGGUCGAAUGCUGUACAAGGCACAUUCUGAUGGAAAGUGGGGGGAGCAUGAAUUGGAUUACCUACUCUUCAUCGUCAGAGAUGUUAAUGUUAAUUCCAACCCUGAUGAAGUGGCUGAUAUUAAAUACGUAACUCGCGAUCAGUUGAAAGAGCUGAUGAGGAAAGCAGAUGCUGGUGAGGAAGGUCUAAAACUCUCACCGUGGUUCCGACUAGUCGUGGAAAACUUCUUGUUCAAAUGGUGGGAUCAUGUUGAGAAAGGAACUCUCAAGGAAGCCGUUGACAUGAAAACCAUUCAUAAAUUGACCUAAGAAUGUCAUAGAGACUACUCGAGACUGUCUAAUAAUGGUAGCACCAGUAGCACUUAAUCCAAUAAGCCUAAGCAUGAGGAGAGUUCCAUGCAAAUUGGUAUUUUUGUUGUCAUUAGCUUCUCAUCUUCCUUGAUUGAGAUUAUGACAACAUAUCUUGUUCAAGUUAUAUUUAUUUGAAAGUCCUUUAAUCUUCCUGAAAACUGUUAUUUUCCAUGGAUUAUUAUGUCGAAUUUGGGUACUGGUCCGGCUUGUGCUCUUGUUAAGGAUUA